AGUUUUACUUUGGGAUAUCUAUCGUCGACGCGAACGCUUCUUCGGCUCUAUUUUUCUCUUGCUCCCUACGUGCAUACCGACUGCAUAAUCGCAGCGCGCCGUCUCUACUCCUCCAGCCCCGAAGCAUCUCUCUCUUCUUCUCUCAAUCAAGCUCAACGAUGAGGGUCCGAAAGCAGAGGCGCCAUCGCAAGGCGGUGAGAUUUUAUACUGCCUGUUUCGGCUUUAGACAGCCUUUCCGAGUUCUCUGCGACGGGACUUUUGUGCAUAACCUUGUUGUGAACAAAAUUGCGCCUGCUGAUAAAGCUAUCUCCGACAUUCUCUCUGCUCCGGUCAAACUCUACACCACCAGAUGUGUGCUUAAUGAGUUGAGAAGACUGGGAGACUCGCAUGCCCAUUCACUUGAGGCUACAAAAAAUCUCGUGAUUACCAGAUGUGAUCAUGAGGGGAGGAAGAAAGCUGACAGUUGUAUCUUGGAGAUUAUUGGGGAAAAGAAUCCUCAGCACUUCUUUGUUGCUACUCAGGACACUGAUCUGCGGAGGAAGCUUCUGGAGAUACCGGGAGUCCCUGCCAUAUAUGGUCUUAGGAAUGCUCUUUUUCUCGAGCAACCGUCCGCAUCUCAGCGUCAAUUUGUGAAAACUUCCGAAGAAGGACGCUUGCAUAUGACAGAGUUGGAGCAUAAGAUGUUGAAAAGGAGGACUACUAACAUUCUUGGGACCAAGGAGUCAGCAGACUCUUCUGAUGAACAGGAAGAUUUUGGAGAGCGAAAUAUGGAAUCAUCCGUUGUGACAAAGCUACAAGCAGUCAAAAAAGAAAUAGGUGUAAAAGACAAAGUUCAGUUUAAGAGAAAGAAAGCAAAGGGACCAAAUCCACUUUCUUGUUUGAAGAAGAAAACCUAUGAAAACGCUAAGCCUAGUUCUGAGAAGGAAAGGAAGGAUGGUGAUGGUACUGUCAGAAGUAGAAGCAGGAAACGAAGGAGGUCACGAAAAGGGAAGACUUCUUCAGAUACAGGUAAUUAGCGACGUGCUGGUUGAGCUUUGAAGGUUUUUCACUUCCUUGAGAGUGCAGUUUUGACUGCUUGCAAAGAUGUAUUGUAUUGUGAUGUUGCAUUUUCUUUUGCACAAUUUUAGACCAUAGUCAACUCUCUGGUCUGUUUUUUAUUGCCAUUCUUCAUUGUUAAAAUGUGGAGCUUUGUGCAUCAGUUGGAUUAUAUCUUGGAAGUGGGAUGAUCUUCACCUCUCCCCUA